AUGGCCACACCAUUGAACCAGGCUGCCGCCGAGCCUAUAGCGAUUGUGGGAAGUGCCUGUCGAUUUCCGGGAGACGCGACAUCCCCUGCAAAGCUUUGGCAGUUGCUCAAGGAACCUCGUGAUGUCCUCAGUGAGAUACCUGAAAGUCGUUUCAACACGAAGACCUUCUACCACCCUGACGGCUCCCACCAUGGUACCACGAACGUGCGUCACUCGUAUCUGUUGUCUGAUGACCAUCGAUUAUUCGACGCCCAAUUCUUUGGCACGAAACCAAUCGAAGCGAAUUCCAUUGAUCCACAACAACGCCUCCUCCUUGAGACAGUGUAUGAGGGCUUGGAGUGCGCAGGGAUUCCGAUGGAAAAGCUGCAAGGAUCAAACACAGGUGUCUAUGUCGGAUUGAUGACGAAUGACUACGCCGACAUGUUGGGCAGAGAUGUUCAGAAUUUUCCAACCUACUUUGCGUCUGGAACGGCACGAAGUAUUCUUUCCAAUCGCAUCUCUUACUUCUUUGACUGGCAUGGGCCGUCAAUGACAAUUGACACUGCAUGCUCUUCCAGCCUUGUCGCUCUUCAUCAAGCAGUGCAGAGUCUGAGAAACGGAGAGAGCAACGUCGCGAUAGCAGCUGGGACGAAUCUUCUGCUCGGUCCUGAGCAAUAUAUCGCGGAAAGCAAGUUGAAAAUGCUCUCGCCUACAGGUCGCUCUCGCAUGUGGGAUAAAGAUGCGGAUGGUUAUGCUCGAGGUGAUGGUAUCGCCGUUGUUGUUCUGAAGCCCCUCAGCCGUGCAUUGGCCGACGGUGACCACAUUGAAUGCAUCGUUCGUGAGACUGGUAUCAAUCAGGACGGGCGUACGAAAGGCAUUACCAUGCCGAACCCAGUAGCGCAAGCCAGUCUUAUCCAUGAGACCUAUGCUCGAGCUGGGCUCGACUUGUCACGAGAAUCUGAUCGACCCCAAUACUUUGAGGCUCAUGGCACCGGAACACCCGCGGGCGACCCCGUGGAAGCCCAAGCAAUCAGCACGGCAUUCUUUGGACCCCAGCCAAACUACUACCGAACUAGCGACAAGGAUUCACCGCUCUAUGUGGGCUCGAUCAAGACCGUAAUUGGACACACUGAAGGAACAGCUGGCUUGGCUGCCGUGUUGAAAGCCUCCCUUGCUCUACAGCACGCCACGGUACCUCCAAACCUCCUGCUGAAUGAACUCAAUCCAACAGUGAGGCCAUUCUACAAAGAUCUUCGGAUUCUUCAAAAGGAUCAAAAAUGGCCAGACACAACCGCUGGGGGGCCUCGCCGUGCGAGUGUGAACAGUUUUGGGUUUGGCGGCGCGAACGCUCACGCAAUUCUCGAAUCCUUUGAUAAUCAGCGUGCGACUGCCGAUGACGCCAAGCCUGCAAAUAGCGGCAUCCUGCCGUUCAACUUCUCUGCGAAUUCAGAAACGUCACUGGUUGCCAUCCUCGAAGCUUACGCAGCUCAUCUCAGAGCAAAUUCUGACAUCGAUCUCCGUGAUCUUUCUUGGACUCUGAACGCUCGCAGAUCAACCCUGCCUUUCAGGAUAUCAGUCUCGGGAUCGGACGCGGUCGACCUUGCCACGAAGCUAGAGAAGGCUGCUCAAUCAACAUCGGAAAUUUUGCCUUCAAGUAAGACAAGAUCCGUUAAGAAGCCAAAGCUACUCGGCAUCUUCACUGGUCAAGGAGCCCAGUGGGCGAGAAUGGGAGCAAAUAUAGUUUCAAGCUCACAAAUGGCUUCCGACUGUAUUUCGGAGCUCGAUCUGGCUCUCCAAACUCUUCCCGAACAAGAUCGACCCUGUUGGACACUUCGUGAUGAAAUUGCCAAGGAUUUACGCUCAUCUCGUAUUGGGGAGGCCCUUUUCUCACAAACACUUUGUACUGCAGUUCAGGUAAUGCUCGUACAGCUCUUGUGGGCUGCCGGUGUUGAGUUCACUGCCGUGGUCGGUCACUCGUCUGGUGAGAUUGCUGCAGCAUAUGCAGCAGGCUACAUCAGUGCAAGUGAUGCCAUUAGAAUUGCAUACUACCGUGGCUGGUCAUUGCGGCAUACUGGCGACGAGCAAGGAAGUACAGGUGCCAUGAUGGCCGUCGGAACAUCUCUGGAAGAUGCACAAGAACUCUGUGGAAUGCCGUCUCUCGAGGGCCGUGUCUGUGUUGCGGCUGCUAACUCACCAGCCAGUGUGACUAUCUCCGGUGAUUUCGACGCUGUACUGGAAGCUAAGGAGAUAUUUGAGGACGAGAAGAAAUUUGCACGCUUGCUCAAAGUUGACAAAGCCUAUCACUCACAUCACAUGUUACCAUGUGCCGCCCCAUACAUUGCUGCUAUGCGCAGAUGCGGCAUUGAUGUUGAGUGUCCUCGGUCUGACCGGAAAUCUGCGUGGAUCUCCAGUGUGUAUGUCCGAGACAUCAAUGAUGUCACUGACAGUCUUGCCGACACCUACUGGAGCAAUAACAUGACAAACCCGGUCAUGUUCUCCCAAGCUAUUAGUCACGCUGUUGCUGCUCAUGGACCCUUUGAUAUGGGACUGGAAGUUGGACCCCAUCCUGCACUGAAAGGCCCGGCCUUACAGACGCUUCAAGAAGUCUCUGGAAGCUCGAUCCCCUACUCGGGUGUGCUUUCUCGCGGAAAAUGUGACCGGGAGUCUUUUGCUGCUGCGCUGGGCGCUCUUUGGGCCAACCUUGGAGAGCAUGUCGCCAACUUUACCGCUUUCGAUAGGGAAGUGAGUGGUAAGGGGCGGCCACCAAAGUUGCUGAAAGAGUUGCCGUCUUAUGCAUGGGACCACGAUCGAGUAUAUUGGCACGAGUCCCGAAUCUCCAGUUCGUCGCGUGUGAGUGGCGGGGGUUUUCAUCUUCUAUUGGGAACAAAAUGUCCCGAUGGCACAGACAAGGAGCUCCGAUGGCGAAACUAUCUCAACACAAAAGAAAUUCCGUGGCUUGUGCAUCAUCAAGUUCAAGGUCAAAUUGUUUUUCCUGCUGCAGGCUAUAUCUCUGCUUUGACUGAGUCUCUGAUUCAGCAGUAUGGAAUUGAAGCAAUUCACCUCAUUGAAAUUGAAGACUUCAUCAUUGGCCAGGCUCUGGUCCUCGAAGAGAACGCGAGUACGGAGGUUGUCUUCACACUUACCAUAUUCGACUCGAGCGACAAGUCUUUCACAGCAAGUUUCAAAUGCUAUUCUGCAGGUACCAAAGGAGCUUCCACCUUGUUGCUUCAUGCAUCUGCCCAAGUUCAGGUGAUAUUGGGAACUUCUGAUGCCUCCGCACUUCCUGUCAAUCCCAGCCCGUUGGCAGCCUACCUACAAGUUGAACAGGAUCGCUUCUACAAUUUUGUUUCAGUUUUGGGCUUUGGUUAUACUGGACCUUUCCGUGCCCUUACAGACUUGACUCGUAAGAUCAAUGAGUCCACGGGAAGGAUCUUGGUCUCGAACAGCGACGGUGCUGGCCAGCCGUUGCUUGUUCACCCCGCAACAUUGGACUGUGCUAUACAAGCCAUUAUGCUUGCGUACUCAUUCCCGGGAGAUGGACGUCUACGCUCUCUAUACCUCCCAACAAAAAUUGAUCGUCUGAGAAUCAAUCCAGUCCUAUGCCGGGACAGCGCCGGUCCUGGUUCGUUGAUACCUUUUGCUGCUUCGGUUGCUAAGUCAAAGUUCGCGGAACUUUCUGGGGACGUUGACAUUUUCUCGGCCGAUGGAAAAAACACGCUCAUUCAGCUUGAAGGCCUUCAUACCACGCCUCUUACACAAUUGUCCCAGUCGACAGAUGUGCCUAUGUUCACAGAGAUGACAUGGGCCCCUGAAAGCCCUGGAUGCCGUGCAAACAACGACAUACUGUUGGGCUUGUAUGAAGAUCGGGCCCGCGCUGUGGACUUGGAAAGACUGGCUCAUUACUACCUUAAAAGUCUGGCCAACUCUGUUACCGAGUCACAGAGAUCGCAGGUUAAGUCCCCCUUCGUCCAGCUUCUGUCAUACGCAGAUCACUCAGUUGCACUUGUCAAGUCGGGCGAUCAUCAUCUUGGGCAAGAAUCUUGGGCAAAUGGCGAAGAUGACAUUGCACGCGAAAUAAUCGAAAGAUUGGGAUCAAGUCCUGAUAGUGAGAUCUUACAAGCUGUUGGUCAGAAUCUUCCUGCAAUUGUUCGCGGCGACCGCAAUAUCCUCGAUAUCUUACUGAAGGACGAUAUGCUGGGCCGCUUUUACGAGACGACUCUCGGCAUCGAUUCGUACUUAGCUGAACUGAGACGCAUUGCUGCUGUGAUCGGAAACAAGUACCCCCAUAUCAACGUGCUUGAGAUCGGUGCCGGUGCCGGGGAAGCAACAGCUGCUCUGCUUGACGGGCUGGGCGAGAGCUUCUCAUCAUACACGUACACAGACUUCAUGCAAGAUUGGCUGGACAGAGCUCAAACCAAAUUUGAGGUCACGCAAGCCAAGAUGGUAUUGAGAAUCCUGGAUAUCGAGAAAGAUAUCACUGAGCAAGGGUAUACUGAGAAGUCCUAUGACUUGGUGGUCGCAUCUUUAGCCCUUUACGCCACCUCCAACACUCAGCAGACGUUGUCAAAUGUCCGUCGUUUGUUAAAGCCAGGUGGGUAUCUGCUUCUGCUUGAAUUGACUGACCCUAGCCUGAUGCGAUUCACUACAAUUCUGGGGUGUCUGCCCGGUUGGUGGCUGGGGCACGAAGACGGGCGAGAGCUUUCACCGUGUCGUUCCCCAGCGCAGUGGCAUGAUAUUAUGCAAAAGGCAGGAUUUUCUGGCAUUGACUGUUCCAAACCUCAUGAUACAGACCGGCUUGUUCCCUUUUCCGUCAUGCUUACCCAGGCGGUUGACUCGCGUAUAAGCUUCCUCCGUGACCCUUUUGCUGGAAACCAUCACAAGUUCCGUGCUGAAUCCUUGACAAUCAUUGGUGGCAGAACUACCACCACUGCAAGACUGAUAGAUCAGAUUGGAGACCUGUGCCGGCAGAGUUUUAAGCAAAUUCGAUGCUAUAGCGAGCUCGCCGAGGUCAAUGCGGAUGAGAUUUCCUUCAUGGGAACUUUGCUCGGCUUGACAGAGCUCGACGAGCCUGCCUUCCUGAAUCUGAGUUCUCGGGCCUUGGAAGGUUUCCAGGCACUAUUCAAACAAAGCAAGAAUGUUCUUUGGGUUGUGCAAGGAGCACAGGGUGACAAACCAGGGUGUAACCUUUUCCGAGGUAUACAACGGACACUUGCCAUGGAAAUGCGUCACUUGAGAAUUCAAUCUUUGAAUUUCGGCUCUCUUGCCGAGACCGACGGUCAACUGAUUGCCAAACAGGUCCUCUGCCUUGCUGCUACGGACCAAUGGGAAGCAGAUGAUCAACUAAAUGAUAUUCUCUGGUACACAGAGCCUGAGCUAUCGUAUCAACAAGGAGAGAUGCUCAUUCCAAGAAUUCGAUUAAGCUCAUUGCGCAAUAACAGAUACAAUUCUGCCAAGAGGCUGAUCGUCAAGGAGGUCGAUCGGGAAGUUUCAACAGUCGCAAUAAAAAGAGCUCAAGGCUAUGAGAUCCUGCCUGCAGAGUUGAGCCGGCACCCGGAAUUCAGCGACUCAAUUCAUAUCGAGGUCACACACUCGUUACUCCGCUCUAUUCAGAUCGUCGACAAUGACUUCCUUUUCCUUGUGGCUGGCAAACAGUGCGGGACUGAGAAAUACAUUGUGGCCCUUGCGCAAGAGACACACUCUCGGGUUGUUGUGCCUCGGCAGUGGAUCCUGGCUCAUCCGGAGUCCAAGAGUGAGGCAGCGCAAUCAUUACUUCGCAUAUCCGUCAGUCUUCUCGUUCGCGCUGUGCUCAGUGAUAUGGUCACUGGGUCGAGCCUUGUCGUGCUGGAGCCUGACUUCUCUGUUGCGUCGGUCAUAAUUCAUCAAGCGUGCCGGGCGGGCAUUCAGCUUGUACUUCUUACCUCAAAAGAUCGCAAUUGCUGCAAACCCUGGGUUUACGUACAUCCCCGUGUUACUCAGCGGGAUCUGUUGAACAAAAUUCCUGGCAGCACCUUCCGAGUGUUCAAUGUCGGUGCUGACUGGGAACUGGCAAGACUGGUGAAAGAAGUACUUCGUCUGUCCCGUGGAGUCGACAAUGAAGGGCACUUCACUCGUCAUGAAUCCCAAUUAUCUUCUCGACUGGACUUGCACUUUGCGGCACUUGAGGCCCUCAAGGUACAUCUCUUAUUUGAUCUCAGCAAUGCUCCGGCAUAUCCCAGAAGGAUACCAAGCAUUACCUUGCGGGAUCUAAUGGGAACCAACCUACUGAGUGGGCAACACUUGAUCGACUGGGAUGCCACUCGCCUACCAACGCAGAUUAGACCGGCCACCGAGACUGUCACAUUUUCCAGCAGAAAGACGUACUGGCUUGUUGGAUUGACCAGUGGACUGGGUCUUUCCCUUUGUGAGUGGAUGGCCGGUCAAGGUGCUAGGUAUAUCGCACUUUCCAGUCGAAACCCCAAAAUAGACAGCGCGUGGCUACAAAAGAUGGCUUUGCGGGGUUGUACAGUCAGAAUUUUCGCCAAUGAUAUCACGGAUCGUGAGUCUGUUUAUGACACACAUCGUCACAUUUCUGAGUCCAUGCCACCAAUCGCUGGCGUCGCUCAGGGAGCCAUGGUUCUACAAGACACAAUGUUCCUUGACCUGGAUCUGACUCGCUUCAAUUCAGUUCUAAGCCCCAAAGUCCAAGGCAGUCUCUUGCUUGACGAAAUCUUCUCAGAUGAUUCUUUGGAUUUCAUGAUAUUCUUCUCAUCUAUGGCAGCUGUGACUGGUAACCCAGGCCAGGCUGCAUACAAUGCCGCCAACAUGUUUAUGGCCAGCUUGGCUGCACAACGACAACAGCGGGGGCUGGUUGCUCAUGCCAUCAACAUUGGAGCAAUUGUCGGUAAUGGGUACGUGACACGGGAGCUCAACAUGUCACAACAGAACUAUCUUUAUAAGGUUGGCCACACAUGGAUGUCCGAGCAAGACUUCCGGGAGAUCUUUGCUGAGGGAAUUUUGUCGUGCCUCCAACGUGAUCAGGCAGCUGAUAUCUGCAGUGGUCUUCGUAUUGAUGAGGAUGAAACGAAAGACUGGGUCACAAAUCCUAUAUUUCAACAUCUCGUGAUGAAGUCUAACACGCUCAUUGAGGACGGGAAGAAAGGAACAGGUUCGAUAAUGAUCAAGGCCCGAUUGAUUGAAGCAACCAGUGAAGGCGACGCCAUGGAAGCUUUGCAAGAUGCAUUUUCUGUUAAGCUCCAGUCUGCUCUCCAACUCGAUCCGACAAAACCUAUCCUUGACAUGAGCCCUGACGAACUGGGUGUCGAUUCGCUCAAUGCUGUGGACUUCCGCUCUUACUUCCUCAAGGAAUUAAGUGUAGAUGUUCCAGUUCUGAAGAUUUUCAAUGCAGGGUCAAUUCGUGACUUGCUCAAGUUUGUUUUCGGCUGCCUUCCAACUUCACUCGUCCCAAACAUCAAGAAAAGUAACGAAGGGCCUUUAAACAAAGAGCAAGCUCCUGAACCAUCCACGCCCGCCGAUCGCAAAAGCGAGGAGCAGUCUUCCGUGCCAGUGGCGAACAAAGACUCGAGCGACGGAGCAAAGUCAUUCCAUCUGAGCUACCUGGCGACUGCGAAACAAGCCGGCAGCAUUUCUUCUGUAUCCGCCAAGGCAGAUGAUUCAAGCUCCGAUCAAGAUGGGGACAGCUCCUCGCAAACAUCACUUGAAAACGACUCCAAUGCGGAUGAAAGCAACGUGGUCGAGCGGGUUGCACCAAUGUCAUUCGGUCAAUCUCGCUUCUGGUUCCUCAAGUCACUCGUGCAAGAUCAGACGGCUUUCAAUGUCACCCCGACCUUUGAGCUUUGUGGUGAGAUUGACAUUAAGCGAUUUGCACGUGCUGUUGAGAGCGUUUGUCAACAACACGAAGCUCUUCGUACAUUCUUCUUUGUUGGAGAGGACAAGAAGCACAUGCAAGGAGUUCUCAAGAGGUCGCCUGUUCGUCUCGAACACCGUUACAUCCAAAGCCAGGCCGAUGUGGAACUUGCCACAAAUGACCUGAAGAAUCAUGUGUUUGACCUCGCUGGAGGCGAAGUAAUUCGCGUUCAGCUUCUCACACUCGCGCCUGAUCAUCAUUGGUUCCUCAUAGGCUUCCAUCAUAUCAAUAUGGACGGAGUCAGUUUUGAGAUUCUAUGGUCACAGGUUGAAUCUGCCUAUGAGAACGACCUGUUUAAGCUCGAAUCAGUCCAAUAUCCUGAUUUCACCAUACGUCAAAUCAAAGAGUACGAAGAAGGUGUCUGGUCGGACGAUCUAGAGUAUUGGCGAUGCGAAUUUGAGACGAUCCCAGAGGCGAUUCCACUACUUCCUUUUUCACUUCGGCCAGCACGUCCGACCGUAUCGGCUUACUCUACAAUUCGUUCACAACUUCGCAUUGGUCUGGAUCUUUCCAGGGAAAUAGAAUCCUGCUGCCGGUUGUUCAAAGUGACGCCGUUCCACUUUCAUCUCGCAAUGUGGCAAAUCCUCCUCCAGCGUCAUCUCAAUUUGGAGCAAAUAUGCAUUGGCCUCACUGACAGCAAUCGGACCGACAUCGAUAUUCUGCAAAGCGUUGGCAUGUUCCUUAACUUGCUCCCUCUUAGUCUUUCAUUAACCUCCUCCCAAUCAUUUGGCGAGACACUCAAGGCCGUGAAGAAUGUUUCCCAAAACGCCUUGGCGCACUCAAAGGUUCCCUUUGACGUGAUCCUCUCGGAGCUGAAUGUUCCGCGCUCUGCCUCACAUAGCCCGCUUUUCCAGGUUUUGUAUAACUACCGCCCUCGUGUGGAAGAGUCACGACUUUUUUGUGGUUGUCAGGCGUCAGGCUCAUUGCAGACUACGGGGGAGACUUCUAAUGAUCUACAACUCGAUGUAGUCAAUCUUGGGGACGGAGACACGAUGAUACACUUGCUUGUGCAGAAGAACAUCUACGAGCCAGAGCACGCCCAGAUUCUUCUUCGCAGUUAUGAGCAUCUCAUCCGUGCUUUCGUGCAGAAUCCAGCCACUAAGGUGUCUUGGCCGUCGCUUUUCCCAGCGGAAGAUAUUCAGCAAGCCAUUGCGGCGGGCAAAGGAUCUGAGUUACCUAGCAAGUGGCCAGCCACAGUGUUGCAUCGCAUCGAGGAAAUGGCCGAAGCAUUUCCCAGCCAUGUCGCACUGAAGGAGCCACGUGGUAUUGAGCUCACUUACGCACAGAUGAGAGAUACAGCUGCCAGCAUUGCCAACGAACUUUUGGUCAACGGCGUCCAAGUUCAGGAUCGCGUCGGUGUCUUGCAAUCUGCUGGAGUGCGAUGGAUCUGCUCAGCCCUCGCCAUCUGGCAGGUCGGUGCCAUAUACAUUCCUUUGGACAAGAAAGCGGGCAUUGAAAGAUUGUCCGUCAUGGUAAGGGAGUCGAAACCCAAGCUCAUUCUCAUGGACACAACAACCAUGAAAGAGUUCGAGCUGCUUCACUGCUCCGCCCAAGCUGUCAAUGUGAGCAGUGCGAUUGCAUCCUCCACUGUGUACCCUUCGAUUGCUGCAGAGGGUGCACAGACUGCAGUUAUCACAUUCACCAGCGGCUCAACUGGCGUUCCAAAAGGCAUAUGCCUCAGCCAUGCAGCUCAUGUCAAUCAAAUAGAGGCAUCGACCCAGGCUUGCGACAUCAAACCCGGCCAAGAAAUCAUCCUCCAGCAAUCCCCCUAUGCAUGGGACAUGUCAAUCUUUCAAAUACUGUUGGCCUUAUGCAAUGGCGCGAAACUGGUCAUUGCCCCAUUGACCGCACGUGGCGAUCCGGUUGCAAUCACAGAUAUCAUAGCUGCUGAAAAUGUCACGGCGACCCUUGCUACACCCACCGAAUAUCAUACCUGGCUCCGUCACGGUCGGCACGCACUGGAAAAAUCGAGCCUUACUCUCGCAGUCUCAGGCGGAGAACCCAUCACUGAUCAUCUGUUAAAGGAAUUCAAAUCUAUCUGCAAGCCAGACUUGAGGUUGAUCAACGUCUACGGUCCAGCGGAAGUCACAAUCGCUUGCAGCGUGCAGGAAGUUUCUUACAGCGAUGUUGAAUCACGUUCCUCAGAGGAAUCUGUCGGCCUUGCUACAUUGCCAAAUUACUCUGUUUAUAUCGCCGAUGAGCAAAUGCAGCCCAUGCCGAUUGGAAUUCCAGGAGAGGUCAUAGUUGGAGGAGCUGGAAUUGCACAGAGAUAUCUCAACCUUGAUGCCACCAAGGACGCGUUCGUGCAAGACCAGUUCGCUAGUCCAUACUUUGUCAAUCAAGGGUGGAGCCGAGUUCACAGGACGGGUGACCGAGGCAAAAUCACGCAUGACGGACGUCUUGUUCUAUUAGGCCGCAUCAAAGGAGACAACCAAGUGAAACUUGGGGGCAUUCGAAUCAAUGUCGAGGAGAUCGAAUCUUGCAUCCUUCGUAGCUCUGGCGGUGCUGUCUCGCAAGCUAUCGUCUCUCUCAGGACGGGUGAAAAUCAAGAGGCUCGUUUCCUAGCAGCUUUUUUGGUCUUCUCCGACGCCAACAAUUCGGAGGUAUCUUCCCGGGUCCUGAAUGAACUCAAAGCCAACCUGCCAUUGCCACAAUAUAUGCGGCCGGCAAUCUUUGUUCCAAUGGCUUCUCUCCCGCAAAACUCAUCCGGCAAAGUUGAUCGCCUCGCAAUGCACAAUAUCUCCAUCCAAGAUCCUACAGAGCGGGUUAGCAGCCAUGGGGCUCUGACGACGAUCGAGCAAGAACUGAGUAUUCUGUGGCGAGAGUCAAUCGCUUGUGACAAUGCUGGAUUGCAUUCCAUCGACUCGCGAUCCGAUUUCUUUCAUGUCGGCGGGAGUUCGCUCACCUUGGUGGAUCUGCAAGGUCUGAUCAAAGAUCGAUUGGGCAUCUCGGUGCCAUUACACGAGUUGUUUGCAGCGAGUACUUUGCGAGGAAUGGCCGAACGACUGGAAAAUAUGGCACACUCUCAAGAACAAGCCCCGAUAGACUGGGAACGUGAGAUCGCUGAUCUUUUGUCUGACCUGUCACCGGCUCAUGAGACUGACACAUUCGAUCAACCUUCCGGGCUGGGUAACGUCAUACUCACUGGUUCUACUGGAUUCAUUGGAAAGGAGAUACUUCGUCAACUAGUAAAAGACGAUCAAGUCGUGACCGUCUAUUGCCUGGCCGUGAGGAAGCCGCUUGCGAAGCUCCCAGCCCUUUUCGCUCAUCCCAAGAUCCACGUCUAUCACGGUGACCUGGGUUCCCCGAGACUGGGACUUUCCGACAAAGACGCAAGCUCAAUUUUCCGAGCAGCCGAUAUCGUGAUUCACAAUGGUGCCGACGUGUCAUUUAUGAAGACAUACCAAUCACUCAAGUUAACGAACGUGUACUCGACCACAGAACUUGCCAAACUUUCUCUUCCGCGCCGUGUUCCCCUCCACUUCAUCUCGUCUGCGAGUGUCACUCGAUUCUCGGGUAAGACCACUUUUGGAGAGUGCUCUGUGGCGGCGUUCCCACCUCCAUCUAUUCCCAACGAUGGCUACGCCACAGCCAAAUGGGUGAGCGAGGUAUACCUCGAGAAAGCGAACGCAGCACACAGACUUCCUGUCUGGAUUCAUCGCCCAUCGAGCGUAAUGGGAUCUGACGUGCCUGAACUUGACCUCAUGAGCAACGUCCUCCAGUAUUGUCGAAGCACCAAAAAACUUCCCGCUUCCGAGGCGUGGAGUGGUGUGUUCGAUUUCAUUCCCGUUGAAUCGGCCGCGGCGCAAAUUAUUCGCGCGGUCCACCGGUCCGCCGAUCAGGCCGGUGCUGGAACGCUUCGAUAUUUGUUCGAGUCUGGCGAGGUUCAAGUGGGCCAUGAAGAGUUGCAGGCGAAGAUGGAGGCGGAUUCAGGCCACGAAUUCGAAACGGUGCCGUUGAUGGACUGGGUCAAUGCUGCAGAGGAGGCGGGGAUGAGUCGACUUUUGGGGAUGUACUUGCGGCAGGCUGCGAGUGGUCAGGUCCUACUUCCCAGAUUGAUCAAGGGGGCAGUCUCGGGCGAUGCUUGA